AUGCACACAUUUCAUCUUCCAUGUGGAGAGUGCACUAUCACUUUGGAAGACGUGCAUUUGCAAUUAGGAUUGCCGGUGGACGGGGACGCAGUCACUGGGUCCGUUCAUUCUGCUGAUUGGGGAGCGGUAUGCUACGAGCUUUUGGGUACUAUUUCGGAUAAUAUUAAAGGAAGUCGGAUCGAGAUGGGCUGGUUACGAGACACAUUUCCAGAGCCGGAUGAUGAUUCUACCGAACUAGAAAAAAUUCGAUAUGCUCGAGCAUACAUUCUUCAGGUAAUUGGAGGUUAUCUGAUGUCGGACUUGUCACGAAACCUUGUACAUCUGAGAUGGCUGCUGAAACUCGUUGAUUUUAGAGUAGCUGGUGAAUUUAGUUGGGGGUCUACCGUGUUGGCAACAUUGUACCGGGAGAUGUGCGGGGCUACGCGACUGAAUAAAGCGAAAAUCGGAGAUAUACGGCUUCUAUUAGAGCAACAGUCAGAAGCACAAGUCCCAUUAGUCAACUUUGCUAUUGUGGAGAUGCACCAAUCAGACAGAGUAUUACGGCAAUUUGGAUUCCGACAACUGAUUCCUGUUGCACCUGAGGUGUUGGAUGAUCAUCACAAAAUCGACUUACGGCAAUUGCAUACAGAUUGA